UGUCCUAAUGCUUCUUUCUAAUUUUUCUACAUCAAAAUAAUGGAUUUUGUUAAUUCAGGUGAGCGUGCUGACACGUGAGAAGUCUUGGAUUCCUCUAGUCGAGUGUGGUCGAGUAGCACCGCAAUGCUGACCCCGUAAAAUCCUCUUCGAUUUCCGGAGUUAGUGAGUAUCUUGGCAGGAAAUCUUCUCUGACUUGUUUUGUGACUGAAGCGAGAACAUGGCGGAAAAGUCGUGGGGGAAAAUGAACACUUCGACGGCUUCGCAGGGAAAUAAACCCGUCCCUAUGAAGUUGUUCUCAACGUGGGAGGUUGAGAGGACGGCUCCCAAUUGCAUCGCCAGGUUAUGCACUCUGAGGUUAACACAUCUGGUGGUGCUGAAGACACUAGAGACCGACUUGGGCUCUGUCAUCAUCGCUGUGCGCAUGCAGAGCUCCAAGCGGACACUCCGAUCCAAUGAAAUCUUCUUCAGUCAAGGCAGCUUGCUGGACACCGAGCUGGACCUUUCCUUUUCAUUACAAUACCCACACUUUCUCAAGAGGGACGGCAACAAAUUGCGCAUCAUGCUGCAACGCCGGAAACGCUACAAGAACCGGACGAUACUGGGCUAUAAAACGCUGGCCGUUGGGCUCAUCAAUAUGUCAGAGGUGCUGCAACAAUCCAAAGAUAACGAGCUGAGUUUGUACGGGAAGGAACACGGAAUGGACAGGGUUGCCCACGUGACCGUCUUAGGUCUGUCCAGUCAGCCGGUGGAUCAGUUCAAGCGAGGCAUUGAUCGAUCACCGGAUAUUGACAAUGAAACCGAAGAUGAGGAAGAAUCUUACUCCUCGGACCAGGAGAACAGCGACAGCGGAGAAAAUCUUCCCGAAACCCAGGAUCUCCUGGGUGAGGAGGAGCAAGAGCCAGGAAGGAAGGGGCUCAGGACCAAACUAAGACCUCCCAUGAUCAGGCAAAGGAACUUCAAGCAGAAGUUCAUCGCCCUCCUGAAGAAGUUCAAAGUUCAGAGCGACGACAGCGACACGGAGCAGUACCCGUACGAGGACCAGGAUCAGAACCAGAUGGAUCCGGACUUCUUGCUUUACGACGACCUGGAUGACCUGAAUCUCAGCGACAGCGGGCCCGAUAUGGACCAGGAAGAUGAGAUGAGCAUUGGCUCCACGCCCAAGCCUGUCUUGAGGCCGUUCUUUUCCCAGGGUAUUCCUACCUCCAGCUCCAUGGCCGAAGAAAUGGAGCAGUUCCCGCUGAUUGACCAGUGUCAUGAAGACAACGGCAACAGCAAAGACUCAGGCAGCUCAGGGGACUUCCCCGUGGAUGACGAAACAACUCCGAUAUCCGAGAUCCCGCCCCUUCUUGCCAACCGCAGCGAGAGCAUCCUGUCCCACCAGAGCGACCCGGGGGACGUUCUGAUGAAGACGACGCCCUCGCCCAACAACGAGAGGACGGUACCGCCCUGUACCAACGGCGCGGGCCAGAAGGAGAAGCGGCAGCACAGCCAGUCGGUGCCCAAGACGCUGAGCAAAGAGUGGUCGCAGGGCUCACAGGGUUCACCCAGCAAUGGGUCGCGGCAACACUCCAAGUCCGUGGAGAAGGCCAGCAGCUUUGGCAAGGCUGAUCAUAGGCACCCGAGUGUAACGCCGUUGGCUGAACAACUCACACAUCUCUGGCAAGGCUUGACGGAUAGUCAGAUCCCCGACAAAGUCAUCCUAGUCAGUGUGCUGGAGAAACACGGCAAGGUAUUAGCCCAGACUUUGACAAAUGCUGGGGAGAAAGUGGUGUGUACGUGUAACCAUAACGACGUGGAAGCAACUCUUCAGUUUAUUGUUAACAAACUCCAAAAGUAUUGUAACCAGAAUCCUAAAAUCCCUGAGCCCCUCAAGGUAGCCCUGUGUGGGAAUGAGAGCUACGCUGGGGCAGCGCUCAGACCCUACGUGGAAAUGUUUUCGGCUAAGACGGCUGAUUGGCAGAAUUACGUCAGCUUUUAUGUUGUUCCGUUAGGUAAUUGUUCUCUUGCCAAGUAUCUGGGCUCCUUAGACUCCAGGUACUCUUCGUUGUUUCUGGACCCAAACUGGAAGGAAUUCUUCGACAGAGAUUUUCCAGACGCCAAGGAGAUGGUGAACCGAGUCAGCCAGUAUCUGUCCGGCGGCCAGCAUCGUCUACAGCUCCCCGUGGGCGAGGUCAUGGUGACAUGCAAGCAACGCAGCACCGAUGAGGAAUCCAUACAGAAAUUCAUCCCAUUCAUUAAUAAUGUCAGGAUAGGGUCCACUGAUGCAGUGAGCUUUUCAUUGUCAGAGUGUGAGGACACCAGCCCAGGCAGUGCUGGAGGACCUCUCUCCUCCAGUCCCCCAGGAGGACCUAGCAAUCGAGACAAGGACGUCGCCGGCUCCAGCACCCCACCGUCAAGCCCUGUCGUCAUCAAUAACAGAGAGGAGACAGUCGUUGAGGCAAGUGUUAGCCCGAUAUCCGGCGAGCUGAUGGACCUUCAAGUGGAGUACUGGCCCAUGCUGGGCGGCAAGAAAGACAAGUCCUCACUCAAGACUGCCUUCCGGUCACUGACGGUACAGAGGCUGCCCUCUCACGCCGACCCUUCCACCACGGGGCUAUCUAUGGUCAUCGUCACCAAGGAGAAGAAUAAGAAAAUCAUGAGAAUAGGCAAGAAGCCUCGGGAAAUAGAGACCGCUUUCAAGAGUCAGGAGAUUGACGGAAUUCACCGACUGGUCUGCACCUCAAGAACACAAGAUUACUCGCUAAAAGUGAGUAUUGAUGGUAUCGAGCUCACCCGAGUCAAGUUCUUCCAGUUAUCGGCUCAGUGGCAGACCCGCAUCAAGCACUUUCCCGUGGCGCUCUUUGCCCAGGACGUGCCGGCUUGCUGAUAAACCGGGGGAACUUGCAGCAUCGCAGUUGGAGACACCUAACCAUAUCGUGGUGUUGUUUUUUUUGGCUGAGGACUGGAUUGAAGUACGAAAACGGGGAGUGGCAUUCAAUGCCAAUAAACGGAGAUGAAGAAACCGUGAUUUUCAUCGAUGUUGAAAAAGUGGUGGUGUUGAGCUUGGAAAACAGCCAUUCAGCGGUUAUUUUAUACCAGCCAGGCAUUUACUGCUUGUGUUUAAAAAUCAGCUGCCAGCAAGUUCGGAUCGGAGUUCCUUUGAGUUGUUUAAGCAUCCGACAUGGAGCCGUACCAGGCCUGUUUUUCUACAAAUUGGCAGACGCGGUGUGUGCAUGUGCCAUAGAGCUGGUAAUUUUGUGCCGAGCGGUUUUAUCGCAGAUGGAGUCUACUCUCUGCGGGUAUACUACUAUUUGUAGCGAUUGUAAUGUAGCUGAAGGCGUAUCUGCCACUGCAGAUCAACCGGUUGUCAACUGACAGUUGGAAGGAUAUAAAACAGGGUUUUCUAAAAAAACAGUAAUUAAAGAAUAAGCAUUGUGUCAAAAUCUCAAGCAUCUUUUGACGAAAGAGUCUUCAAAGUUUGAUGUUCCGGUUCGAGGGAGAGAUCAGAUGAGAGAUGUUUUUUUUUUCUUUCAGCAUGUACCGAAAUGAUAUUGAGGCUUAGGAUGUAUAACUACUGUACAGUUUUUCUUUUUGAUCCGGGGAUUGAAAGUGAUCACAAGUUGUCGAAUUUGUGCUUUGACCCAAGAGAGUCUUCUGCUGUGCAAAACAGACGGACAAUGGGGCUUCCUAUGCGUCAAGAAACCGGUGCUGAUAAUGUGGGAGGGAACACUAGUUGGUGACCACUGUUCGCCUUUGGGUUGAUUCCGUGAAUCAGCUUUUCCUGGCAUGUAACCGGAGGCCACCGUGAUAUCCCGAAGAGGGAUCUCAUUCACAUAAUCUGACCUCUGGGUCAAAGGUCACAACCUGGGUCAAAAGGUCAAAGAUGAAAAGAGCGGCUGUAAACGUACUAAAGUUUGUCUCUGCGUAAUGUUAUCUUUGUGUUUUUUUCUCCAUGUGUGGUGAACAACUCCGCUGUGCGAGUUCAAAACAGUAAAAUAUAUGGGCAGUUGCAAUGAAGCUCAAAAAAUGUGUAAAUGUCGCAGGAAAAAAAAUAUGAAAGCUUGGAAAAAGAAGAAAUUGGAAGCUAUGUGUAAGCAUUUGGAUCGGUGUAGAGUGAUGUGGCAUCGUGUGCUUGAACUGAAAGUACUAAACAUGUACUUUUU